AUGACACAGCUGCCUUCCGGAGCCGAGGGCACCGCCUCUGGUGUCUUGACUUGGUCGUUCUUCUGUUUCUUCAGCAAUUUGUUGUUAAUAUGGCUGCUUGUGCAGAGCAGGGAAAAGGGAAGCUAUCUCUUUUUCAUUAGCAUCGCCGCACUGAUUGCGACAAUCACAAGUAUCGCACAGCAAAUCAUGCUGAUAAUAGAUUACGAGGACAUAAUGUGGGACAGACUUCGCGACCAUGAGUUCGUGCGCAUCGACCUCAUCAUUCAUCUAUUUGAGCUGACUCAGCUUGCAGGAUGGGCCUGCUUUAAUAUGGAGGCUGGCCUUGCAUUUUGCUGGAGUUUUCAACUCAUGCAAUCUGUUUACGGGCUCGCGGAAUCGGCCUCGCUUCGCCGUCCACUGGCCCUCGUCAACCGAGCUGGAAAGCCAGUGGUCAUAGUCCUUCCUAUCAUUCAGGCAGGUCUACUUCAGUUGACGUCUCUGAAGAAGUCACCCUUUUGGUAUUUUUUCACGGCAGAUGUAUUAUAUGUCUGCUCAUGUGCAGGCGGUCUUUUCAUGCUCGGGCUCAUUUUUCUGGAAUUUAUCCAGGCAAGGCUGCUUCUUCGGAAGAUUGAAAAUUCAGAUUCGAAGUUUGGGACGCUACAGCAAAGGCCAAGCUGCAUACAUGACAGAUGGCUAGUAGUGCGAGUGACGAUACCUCUGGUCUUCAUUAGCGCUUUUGAGGGUUAUAACAUUGCUGUGCAAGUAACGUACAAUCAUAUGGACAUCCAGGACUCACUCACUGCGGAGCCCGACCUGUCUGUCGGCAAGGCACAAUCGACAAUAGCCGCAUUCAUUCCGGGAUGUGUAGCAGGUUUGUUUCUUCUAGUAUGCUUUGGCACGACGCGACAAUUCCGGAGGAAAUUGUACAAGACCUUCGUGCCGGAGAGAUUUCAGCGGGCAAGCUCAGGGGAGUCUAUGACCUCCUCUAGGGCGUCUUACGCAGCAAUGGACGACGACCCUGGAAUAUUGUCUCGUCAAAGGAGAUUGUCGAUGGAGAGGAAGAUGCAGAUCCAAGUCACUACCGAGGUGGAGAUAAAGAUGGAAGUUCUUGAUAAACCGGCGCCAAUGGAAUAUAACGUUGAGCAACAUCACUGGGACGAUAUUUCGCCUAUACUGCCUGGGCGCGGUCGAGGUCGCGGGGGCAUGAGCAACAGCUUGGAGGACUCCGAUACAUACACCAUGGCCACACCAAUUCCCUUCUCUGAGCCCCCAUGGCUCUUGGGCCUGCCAUCACCCAUCUUCAAGGAGACUCAUCGCAAAUGGCAAAGGAACGUCAGAGCGUUCGUGGAGAAAAAUCUUCUGAAAGACGCCAUCGAGUGGGAGAAAGCUGAGAUGGUACCCCCACACGUGUUCGAAACCUUCGCAAAGGCAAAUAUGCUGAUCCCGUGCCUUCCGGCCCCUUUACCAGUCGCAUGGCUCAAGAGGCUGGGCAUCCACGAGCUGCUGGGCGGGCUCAAGGUUGAGGAGUUUGACUACCUCCACGGGCUCAUCUACGCUGAUGAGAUGGCGAGAACGGGGGUCGUGGGCCCGAGUGCCAGCAUCACGACGGGCAUGUCCUUUGGCGUGCCACCCAUCUUGAAGUUCGGCAACGAGCAGCUGCAGGAGCGCUUCCUGCCCCAGCUGCUGAGGGGCGAGAAGAGGAGUUGCAUCGCAAUCACGGAGCCGGACGCGGGCAGCGAUGUGGCUGGGAUUACUACCACGGCUGUCAAAAGCGCGGAUGGGAAACACUACGUUGUGAACGGGACGAAGAAGUGGAUCACGAACGGGAUAUGGACUGACUGGGCGAGUAUGGCGGUGCGAACCGGGCCUGAGGGCUCAGGAGCACCGGGCUUAUCCAUGCUCGUCGUCCCUCUCAAGAACCAGCCCGGCGUCACAAUGCGCAAACUCAGAGUGGGUGGGUCAAUGAGCGCGGGAACGACAUACAUCGAGCUCGACGACGUGAAAGUGCCGGCUGAGAACCUCAUCGGUAAAGAAGGGAUGGCCCGGGUCGCCCUGUCCGCUGCCUUUGAGUAUGUCCUUAAACGCGAGGCGUUCGGGCGGCCACUCAUGGACCAGCCGGUAGUCAGGCAUCGCCUAGCCAAAGCAGGUGCCCUGCUCGAGUCCCAGUGGGCCUGGGUUGAGCAAUUUGCGUACCAGCUCACCCAGAUGUCGAAGGAGGACGGCGACCGGGAGUUGGGCGGGCUGACGGGCCUGCUGAAAGCGCAGGGCGGGCUGGUGCUGAAGGAAUGCGCUGAUGCGGCUGUGUUGCUAUUUGGUGGCAACGGGUACACGAGGUCUGGACAGGGAGAGUUGGUUGAGAUCAUCUGGCGAGACGUGCCUGGCGCGAGAAUUCCCGGUGGCUCAGAAGAUGUGUUGCUUGAUCUUGCUGUACGCCAGUUGGUCAAGCUGUAUAAAGCCAAGACGAAGGCUUUGGGAAGCAGCAAGAUCUGA